AUGUUUAUCAACAGAUCCAAAGUCAUGAAGUUCACCCUCAUUACCACUAUUGUCGCCCUUGUCACCACUAUUCUGAUGUCAACCACAACAGCCCUCUGCACGGACCGCUUCACUAGGGAUCUCCCCUUCAUCAAGACCCUAGCUCGGACCCAGAACUUCAAAGACGUCCCCGUCCACUGGUCCUCCUCUAGUCGUUGCGAAAUGGAUAUCAAUGCUGAACGACCGUCUCUGAUUGUUGUCCAGCAUAUUGCGGGCCCGCGUUUCAGGUGUGAACAGGCGAAUUCAGGGAACGGUACAUUCUGUACGGUCAAGGACGAUGUUCGUGACAUGACGUCCAAUCGGUUUACGUUGGUGACGGCUCAGUUGUGUGAGUGGUACGGCGGUCUGCUUCAGAUUACUUCAGAGGCGUACUCUCCUUGCAAUCGCUUGCAUGAAGCCUCCCUUCCCAAUCUUACCACUGCCAACGUCGAUAACAUUCUCACCACCACCACCCCUACCAAUAUGGGACAAGUCGAUCUCGUCGAAGAGCUCACCCUCCGGAUCCAAUGCAACCCUAUCGUCAGCCCAACAGCUCCAUUCAACACCAAAUCCUUGACAAUCAAGACCGGUGGCGCUGCUGCACACGAUUCCUAUAACACCCCUCAAUGGCAAGUCGUAUUGACCCGUGUUGGCGGCAACGGUGACAGCCUUGAUAUCCAGCUCCGGUCGCCGUCUCAUUCUCGUCUCCCGACCAAUUUCCGGUCUGUCAAUGUUAUCUACCACCAGCGACAUCUGGCUAGUGUUCUCUUGAACGAGUCGGCGUUUAGUAACUGGGGGGAGUUGAAACUUUCGUUUCCGGUGGAGAAGGCUCUGAAUGGGGAGAGGUACGAGUUCGAUAUUAUUCUGUCGACUCAACACCAGCCAACUGAAUCCCCAAAGCUAGCCCCACUGCUAUCGUCGCCAUCCUUGUUGCGCUCAUCCUCUGCCUCAAAGUCCACAAAGUACAAGUCGACCCUGAGCGGAAAGGGCCACCCACCCUCCUCUUCCUCUUCAUCGCGUCUUCUUGAUCCGACCCAGAGCAUGAUGAAGAUGUUCCUCCGAGACCGCCAAUCAGUCGAUGUCCAAUUCCUGUUUGAGACUGAGUUUACCCCAAGUGGCCGUGUCGCGGCUCUCUGGGCUCACCGCCUGGUCCUUUCGCGUUACCCCGCCUUGGAAGCCCUGGUUCAAAGUGCCGAGUCCUGUGAGAAUGGGUGUGCAUUUGGACCGGUAACCGUGCGUAUGCCUCACUCGAUCUCCCUGGCGGCGUUUUCUGGCCUGUUGUACUACCUCUAUACGGGCAAGGUCCAGCUCUCGAUGCGACCAGAUAUGUUUGCCUUGAGUCAAAUCGAUCUCGAUUCCACCUACGCGAUGCAUGAUUGUGCCCAGUUCAACACCAACGCGGUGAUAGUAGAUGGUCUGUACUUGGUCGACACCAUGCCAUCCUGUGAGGUCAUCUGCAAGCCCUUGGUCGACUGGUGUGUCAAAGACGCCGAAUCGCUCUGGCCCACCAAGGGCAUCCCCUGUCGCGAGCUCCACUCCAUCGCCAAAUACUUUGGAAUCAUCGACCUGCAAGAGCUCUGCCUAGAGGGGAUGGUGGAGUCAAUCGACGCGUCGAAUGUAGUCGAGAUGUUGUUCGAGUUUGGAGGGUCCUCGGCCACGGUCCGUGAGGCAGGGUUGAGCUUUGUAAACGAGAACUUGGCGGUCUUGUUUGCGGAGGGAAGGGAUCCGUUUCUGAGGUUCCGUGAGAGGGAGGAGUGUUAUGUGAUUAUGGUUGAGGUUAUGCGGUCAUUCACGAAGCAACUUAAGGUUGCGAGCCAUGGAACUGGUGGUAGUGGUGGUCACUGA